AUGAUCAAAGGCUACAGUCCUGAGCGACCCGGGUACUGGCUGCACACUGGCGAUACUGGUAUUCUGACGUAUUUUGAUUCAGACGUGUGGAAGGUCGCGGGCGAGCCUGACGACAAGGUGUUCAACGACUGGGGCAAGGUGGAGGAGUUAGUCAACCUUCCGGCGGCAGCCUUCCAUCGUAAUGUGGACGAGAUUGUCCUAAAAACCGGCACAGACCAUGCAGACCGUGUCAAGACCGCCAUUGCGUGCCCUCCGACUAUUGCUGGAGACAAUGUACUCCCCAUCUUCAUCAGAACGAUGGUGUUAGAGAAAGACAAAAACCCAAUUUGGCCAAUUCCACCGGUCCUUUCAAAAGGAGAUAGAGGAGAGUUACGUCGUCUACUCUUGACUAUUCUUAGCAUGAAAGCACUACUGGCGGUCGCUCCAACAGGCUUUUCGAGCUUCUUAACAGUCAAUGGAGUGGAAUUUUGGGCAGCAAAUGCCAAGUGCUUAUCACAAGCAAUCACACUAUCUCUGGCAGUGCAGCCAUCCUUCCAAACUAGGAAAACUGAUAUCAUAUCCAUCCCUUCAAAUUGCUGGGUGGUUCUUUGGAUGGCAAUAAACCUAUAG